CCUCUUAGCGCUCCAGUCUCCCCCCUCUGCCGCUCGCCGCCUCGUUAUUACGCGUCACGGCGUAGCUUGACGUUAUAUUCGAAAAAGUCCUUCGUCCCAUCGUGCGUACGCGUCCGGAAGACCAAGGAUUAAAAAGAAGAAGGAAUCGAGGGAAAGGGACAGGUCGGUUUGGUUAGAGGGUUCAGUCGCGUACGCGGAAACAAAGCCCGAACGACGUUGUUACGCGUCGAUUUCGCGCGCCCAUUAAAAACCCCCGAGACACGGAGAAUAGAGAGAGAGGGAAAGAUAGCUCGCGGUACCGGACGAGGCUGAGAAAGAGCGAGAUCAAGUGAACUGUCUCUCAGUCUGUCUCUAUCACUCUCGCUCGACGAAGGCAAGAUGGUGCCAGCGGGCCUCGAAUGCGAUAUAUAGUCUCCGCGAGCCAGCGGCGUGCGCGCAGACAUUAUAUUAGUACAGUGUCGUGUUCCGUGGUGAGCGGUGGUGGUGCGCUGCUGUCUCUUCGUGUUUGCUCCACCGUACAACACACCGCGCGCGCGAGGGACCGACCGACAGACAUAGUGAAGAGAAAAAAACCAAAGUGCGUGCGUGCAUGUGUGCAACAGAAAUAAAGGGAAGAAAUAAUACAAGUGGGAGUGCACGAGAAAGAUAGAAAAAGUGAGGAAGUGGAAACCUCUGAAGUCGUGGAUAUCGUGGUUUUUCAUGUAAGGGCCGCGUCGAAGCGCGUUGCCCGCCGAUCUAUCGGCGUCACGAGCGCCAAUCGGUCAAACGGUAAUAACACGCGAACACCAAGUGCGAACCAAACGUCGUUCCCGUUUACGUUCACGUCGCCGUCGCCGUCGACGUCGUUCGGUGGAGAUUGUCGGACGUCGACGAUCGCACCUCCCUCCCCCCCUUUCACCUCUACCCCUCACCUUACCCCCCUCAAACGCCCCCCUUAAUCUGUCUUUCUUCUCUUCUCGAAUUGCCGAAAGUGUGUCUACAAUUGUGUGCGCGAUUUCAGCGCGUGUGUUUUCGCGUGCUCUUCUUAUUCCUCUUCUCCACGUACGGAAAAAUCACAGUGGGCAUCCGCGCUCUUUUUUAAAAUCUCUUACUCGAGCUCAAAACAAACACUUUUAUGAAUCCUCUACCUUUUCCGUCUCCUCCUCUUCCUCCUUCUACUCUUUUCCUUCCGCGUUUUUCUUCUCGCGUUUGAGGGAAAAGAGAGACCGCGAGAAAGAGAGUGAGCGAGAGAGAGAAAUAAAGAAAAUAAAGGAGAAAAACGGUGAUAUGCCCGAUGGCUGAUGCUGCGGCGGCAAAGCGUGUACGGGGGACGCUCCGCCGCGCCGCGCUUCUUCAACCUCAUCUACAUCAUCAUCAUCGUCAUCUACUUCUUCUCCUCGUUCUUAUUCUUCAUCGUCAUCACCGUCGGCAACCCCGUGGACUCAUUGUUUGUAAUAAUCGACGAUUUGUCUGGCCACACACGCUUUUGUCGCGGUGAGCUUCGAGUUGUCCAUCGAAUUCUGAAAAGUACCGUGUUUUUUUAGUGAUAAAUAAGUCAAAUAAUAAACAGUGAAAAUUCGAAAGAAACGUCGCCAGGUUCGGUUUAUAAAUCGUAUUCCUAUGAGUAUAUCUACAUGUGCGUGUGUGCUUUUUUUUACCUCUUUUCGAACGUACUUCGACGAGUGAAAAAGUGCGAAUAACCUGUGUGGCCCUCAACAAUCCUCCCUCCUUCAUUGAAGGAGAAGAUUGUUUUUUUUUCCUUUUUUUAUUUAACAUUGGGAGCUUUUUACGAUAAACGUGGAAUUAUACGUAUUUCUCGCGCUCGUCUACGCGGCGGGCAACUACGAGCAAUAGCACCCGUGCAAGGAAAAGGCGCUCGUGCCCCUGAGCUCGACAAGAGACAUGGCCGACCACCUAGUGGACGGACCGCCGAACAAACGGCCCAAACUCGCCGAUUCCUUUCAAGGACCAUCUGAUUCUUCCGUGGGUAUGGCGCCUCUAAUGAUGCACCAUUAUACAAACUACGGGGGAGGUGGCAGUGGUAACUUACAACAAAUGCAGGGUCCGCCUCAACAGCUACAUCUGCAACAGCAUCAGCUCCAGCCGCAUUGGAACAACCAUACAGCCCAGAAAAGACAUUACAUAACGAACACGGAUAUGUUUGAUCUCGAAAAUGAUCUACCGGACGAUCUGCUAUCGUCGGGGUCCUGGGGUUCCGCGACUGAGAGCGCUAAACCACCGGCAACAGGUCCAGGACCCGGGCAACAGAAUGGUGCUCUCGAUGCCGAUCUUCGACAGCACGUACAACAACAACAACAACAGCAACAACAACAGCAGCAGCAACAACAACAGCAGCAGCAACAGCAGCAGCAGCAACAACUUCCUCAUCAUCUCAUACAACAACAGGGCAACAAAAACUUAGUGGCCAAUUCGUUAGCUCUGGCAGCUGGUACUUUAGGCAGUAAAAGUCCAAAUAUGCAAUCACCACCGAACGUCUCAGUCUCGAAAGGAGUGGUCGAUCAACAAAUGGUAAUGGGAAAUUUACCAAGCAGCAUAGCAAGCUCACUCGCGAACAAUCCAAUGUCGAUCGCGAGCUCAAUGGGUGGGUUACAAUCUUCCAUGAACAGCAUGGCUGGUACGAAUAAUCCCGCCAUGUCCAUGCCCGGGGCCAUGAAUGCGGGGCUCGUCAUGACCAGUAGUGCAACCGGGAACAACAAUAUGACCGGCGGCAUGGCUGGUGGUGGAUUAAUUGUUGCCAAUAGCCUAAACAAACAACCGCUCAAUACCGUAACGAUGAUGGGUCCGAAUUCACAAGGUAUUCAUCAUCCUGCGGGUCCUCAUAACCAGAUGCAAAAUGGUCCGGUUAUGAUAAAUGCGCGGGCGGUGGCGAUGCAGCAGCAACAGCAGGCACAGGCGCAAGCCCAACAGCAACAGCAGCAGCAGCAACAACAAGCGCAACAACAGGCCGCUGCGGUACAACAGCAGCAGCAGCAACAGCAGCAGCAGCAGCAGCAGCAGCAGCAGCAGCAGCAGCAACAGCAGCAACAACAACAACAACAACAACAACAACAACAAGCAGCCGCGGCCGUAGCAGCCCAACAGCAACAACAGGCCCAACAACAGGCUCACAUGGUUGGACCGGCGAGAGGUCAAAGUCCUCACCAGCCAGUCCAUCAAGGUGGAAUUGUCGGUCCAGGCCCGGGGCCGAGAAUGCCAGCACCACCGAAUAUGGCGAACAUGUCGAAUAUGGGACAGAUGAGCGCUUCGAGCCCUUACGGCUACGGUUCGCCAGGAAAUGGCCCUGGAACUGCUGUAGGUGGUGUUAAUCCCGUUUGCGUUGUAACGCCUCUUCAAAGAGGCGUCGGUGGAAGCGUAACUGCCAUGCAAGUAGGAAGAUUCGGUGGUCCUGGCGGACCCACUGGUACUCCAAAUGUAACCGCUGGUCAAGAAGGCGGUAUGGCUCAACAGGCCCAACCACCUGCACCCAGUCCGGCACAGCCGCAAUCUGGUGCACCCAGCGGCGGACAGCCCGGACCUCAGCAGGCCACCCAGGGACAAAUGCCUGCUGGCGGUGCUCAGCCAGGUAAAAAUGGCGCUCCACAAUCGACUGCAGAUCCGGAGAAACGUAAGCUCAUUCAACAACAAUUAGUGCUAUUAUUACACGCGCACAAGUGUCAAAGAAGGGAGAGUCAGACCAACGGUGAAGUUUGGCAAUGUACUUUGCCCCACUGCAAGACCAUGAAAAACGUAUUGAACCAUAUGACCACGUGUCCCGACGGCAAAAACUGUACGGUACCACAUUGCAGCUCUUCCAGACAAAUCAUCGGUCAUUGGAAACACUGUCAAAGAAGCGAUUGUCCUGUUUGUUUGCCGUUGAAACAGGCAGAUAGAAACAGAAUCGCCAACACAACGCCUGCCCCGACGGCCCCUCAGCCAAAUAGUCAACCGAAUCCGAGUCCAUCGGAUAUGAGGAGAGCCUAUGAUGCUUUGGGUAUUCAAUGUCCGACGACAACACCUACCCUUCUACCGGGCCAGGGUGUUGGGCGUGGUGUUCGAAUGCCCGGGCCAGGAAUGCAAGGGCCUCCGGCAACGAUGGCGGGUGCUAGGCUCGCUCAACCUCAGUCUCAAACUGUGCCAGGACAACCCGUGGUCGGUACGGCACAACAAGUAGUUGCGCCGAACGUAUCCCUUCCAUUAAGUUCGGAUCCGACGAGCGUCGCAACGACUGGAAGUCAAGCGGUCUCGACGACCGGUCCGACAUCCGCGGCAGCCGCGGCUGCUGCAAAUAUUCAACAAUCCGUCAGUAUGCAGCAAUUGUUCGGUCUGAAUGACUCCGGUCAGCCGGGAAUUCUCAGUGAUAAUCGCCUAGCACCGCUGCAAUUACCCGGUGGCUUACAGCCCGGACAAGUUACCGCAUCUCCUGUUCAAGGCACCAAGGAAUGGCAUCAAUCGGUUACUCCAGAUCUUCGCAAUCAUCUCGUUCACAAACUAGUACAAGCGAUCUAUCCGAUCCCCGAUCCCCAUGCCAUGCUCGAUAAGCGUAUGCACAAUCUUGUUGCUUACGCGCGAAAAGUCGAAGGUGAUAUGUUUGAAAUGGCCAACUCGAGAUCCGAGUACUAUCAUCUGCUUGCUGAGAAGAUUUACAAAAUUCAGAAAGAGCUUGAUGAAAAACGACAGAAGCGAAAGGAACAACAAUUGGCACAACAGCAACAACAACCGCAGUUGCAAAGCGCGGCGGGUCCGGGUUUAAGACCAUGCGCGCCACCGACGGUUGGUGGCGGAGCUGUACAAGCACCACGAGCGGUCCCACCAAAUCUUCGGAGUCAUUCUCCGGGGAUGGCGCAAUUGGGUUCCUUACCAGGAAUGGGAAUGCCUCACAGUCGAAUGCAGUUUCCACAGCAGCAGCAGCAGCAGCAGCAGCAGCAGCAGCAACAACAACAACAAACGCAGGCGCAACAACAACAACAACAACAACAACAGCAGCAGCAACAGGCUCAGGCGCAACAACAAGCACAGGUGCAGCAGCAACAACAAGCAGUUCAGCAGCAAGCGCAACAAGCGGUGCAACAGCAACAAGCAGUGCAGCAGCAACAAGCGGCGCAGCAACAAGUAGCUCAACAACAACAGCAACAGGCGGUUGCGGUGCAACAAGCGCAGCAAGCUGCACAACAACAAGCUCAACAAGCGGCGCAACAACAAGCUCAGCAAGCUGCUCAAGUUCAGCAACAACAAGCAGCGGCUCAAGUACAGCAACAACAACAGGUCGUUCAACAGCAGCAAGUUACGCAACAGCAGCAGCAGCAGCAGCAACAAGCUCAGCAACAACAACUUGUGGGACCACCUGGUCCCAGUCCGAAUGGACAGGCAACGACGAACCCGAAUAUGGUACAGAAUCCCGGGCUGAGCCCGUUCGGCCAGCCGCAAAUGUCGCAGGCAAAUCUCACAACGACGACGACUUCUGCGACAUCUAGUCAAUUUCCGACGUCGAACGGCACUUCCGGUUUACCGAAUAGUUCACCGGUACAAAAUCAGCACCAAUUUCCUGAGCUUCUGAAGGUCCGUUUGGCACAGGUUCAAGCUGCUCAACAGCAGCAGGAUCAGCAACGACAACAGGUACAACAACAGCAACAAAGUCAGCAACCGCCUCAAGCCACUAGUACGCCCAGUCAAAAUGCGAAUGCAACCACGAUGCCUCAAGCUCCCUCGCCCUUCAGCGGAUUACAACAACAGCAACCGAACAAUCAACAGCCGCAGCAACAACAGAAUAAUCAGCAAUUUGCGAACAAUAGGCCACUCUCAGCAUCGACGCCAAACGAAAGUGGAAUUUCCGUAACAACGCCUCAAACAAUUCCACCGCCGGCAUCGAGUGGACCGAGCCCAGGGCCAGCACCAACAACGAACGGACCUCAAUCCGUAACUUCCACACCGAAUACACCUUUAGUUCCUUCUUUAAUGACUCCCAGUCAACCGGUUCCAACGGCAAGUCAAACUCCUCCUCAUCCCGGCACGACGCCUUCGCCCGCCAGCAGCCUCGCGAGCCUCGGUAAAGGGAUGACUUCGCAGGAAAGAGCCGCGCUGAAUGCCCCGAGAAGUUCGUCCAUGUCCUCGCAAAUGGCUGCCAUUACCGCCGCUCUCGAUCGCGACAAUUCUCCCAGUCCACCGACCAACAAUUCAAAGGGCAAACUCGAUUCUAUCAAGGAAGAAAAUAUUAAGAUGGAAAUAAAACAGGAGGAUGGCUGCACGGAAAACCAUCGUAUGGGCGGUGGAAAAAGUGCGAACAACGAGGUUUCCGUAAAAACCGAGAUUAAGACUGAACCGAUGGAGGAAACUUCCGGCGAGCCUAGUGGUAUCGUUAAGGAAGAAGCCUGCAUCAAGGAGGAACCGAUCACGCCGAUGUCCGGUCAAGAUCCAUCCACCUCCGAUAUUCAACCAAUCGUACCCGAGCCCAUACAGACCAGUGGUACUUCCACCGAUAAAAAACGUCUCUGCCUUUUCAAACCCGAAGAACUCAUGAAAGCUUUAACACCUACUCUCGAAACCCUUUAUAAACAAGAUCCCGAGUCUUUGCCCUUCCGACAACCUGUUGAUCCUCAAGCCCUUGGCAUUCCCGAUUAUUUCGAUAUAAUCAAAAAACCCAUGGAUCUUUCCACGAUCAAGAGAAAACUUGAUACCGGGCAGUAUAGUGACCCUUGGGAAUACGUUGAUGAUGUGUGGAUGAUGUUUGAUAAUGCUUGGCUGUAUAAUCGAAAAGCCUCUCGAGUUUAUCGAUUUUGUACAAAGCUUUCCGAAGUAUUCGAACAAGAGAUUGAUCCUGUUAUGCAGGCCUUGGGUUAUUGUUGUGGUAGGAAAUACACCUUCAAUCCUCAAGUGCUUUGUUGCUACGGUAAACAACUCUGCACGAUACCAAGAGACGCCAAGUACUACUCGUACCAAAAUAGAUACACCUUUUGUCAGAAAUGUUUUAACGACAUUCCUGGUGAUACCGUUACUUUGGGAGACGAUCCAACGCAACAACAAGCAGCAAUAAAGAAAGAACAAUUUCAAGAGAUGAAGAACGAUCACCUGGAAACCGAGCCUUUCGUCGUGUGUACGGACUGUGGCAGAAAAGUGCACCAAAUUUGUGUUUUACAUAUGGAGAGCCUUUGGCCUUUAGGAUUUACCUGUGAUAAUUGCCUGAAGAAGAAGGGCCAAAAGCGAAAGGAGAACAAAUUCAACGCGAAAAGAUUGCCUGUGACGAAGCUCGGAACGUACAUUGAAACGCGGGUGAAUAACUUCCUGAAGAAGAAGGAAGCAGGAGCGGGAGAAGUAGCGAUAAGGGUGGUAGCCUCGAGCGAUAAAAUUGUAGAGGUAAAACCGGGAAUGAAAAGUCGUUUUGUUGAUGUCGGGGAAAUGCAAAAAGAAUUUCCGUACCGGGCAAAGGCACUAUUCGCGUUCGAGGAGGUUGACGGCACCGACGUUUGUUUCUUCGGCAUGCACGUUCAAGAAUAUGGGAGCGAAUGCACCCCGCCAAACACGAGGCGUGUCUAUAUCGCCUAUCUCGAUUCCGUGCAUUUCUUCAAACCCCGACAAUUCCGUACCGCCGUCUACCACGAAAUUCUUCUCGGUUAUUUGGACUACGCUAAGCAACUCGGCUACACAAUGGCUCAUAUUUGGGCCUGUCCACCCUCCGAAGGCGACGAUUAUAUAUUCCACUGCCAUCCACAGGAACAAAAAAUCCCUAAACCCAAGAGAUUACAAGAGUGGUAUAAAAAAAUGCUCGAUAAAGGCAUGGUCGAGAGAAUCGUGCUCGAUUAUAAGGAUAUUUUAAAACAAGCAAUGGAGGACAAGCUUUCGUCUGCCGCGGACUUGCCAUACUUUGAAGGAGAUUUCUGGCCGAACGUGCUUGAAGAGAGUAUCAAAGAACUUGAUCAGGAGGAAGAGGAGAAACGAAAACAAGCUGAAGCAGCUGAAGCGGCUGCGGCCGCCGCGAAUGCUAUUUUCUCGUUGGCUGAUGAUUCCGAGACGGGACCGGAUGGCAAGAAGAAAGGCCAGAAAAAAGCGAAAAAGUCGAACAAGUCAAAAGCGAAUCAGAGGAAGAACAGUAAAAAGUCAAACACACCUCAGACCGGCAACGAUCUGUCGACGAAAAUUUUUGCCACAAUGGAAAAACACAAAGAAGUAUUUUUCGUCAUUAGGUUGCACAGUGCUCAAAGUGCGGCUAGCUUAGGGCCCAUACAAGAUCCCGAUCCGGUGCUAAAUUGUGAUCUCAUGGACGGACGGGAUGCGUUUCUUACAAUGGCGAGAGAAAGACAUUAUGAAUUUUCGUCUCUCCGACGAGCGAAAUUCAGCUCUAUGUCGAUGCUCUAUGAGCUUCACAAUCAGGGUCAGGAUAAAUUCGUCUAUACCUGUAAUAAUUGUAAAAGUCAUGUGGAAACGAGGUAUCACUGUAAAGUUUGUGAGGACUUUGAUCUGUGCAUCAGUUGUAAAGACAAGGAUGGCCACAAUCACCCUAUGGAAAGACUUGGUUUGGAUUUGGACGAUGGUUCGUCGCCCGUCGAUGCCAAACAAGCUAAUCCUCAGGAGGCUCGAAAAUUAUCAAUCCAAAGGUGCAUACAGUCAUUGGUGCAUGCGUGUCAGUGUCGCGACGCAAAUUGUCGGUUACCCAGUUGCCAAAAAAUGAAAAGGGUCGUGACGCAUACGAAAAUAUGCAAGAGAAAGACGAACGGGGUUUGUCCUAUCUGUAAACAGCUCAUCGCGCUUUGCUGCUAUCAUGCGAAACACUGCCAAGAAACAAAGUGUCUUGUACCUUUCUGUUCUAAUAUCAAGCACAAAAUGAAGCAGCAACAACUUCAGCAAAGAUUACAACAGGCACAGCUGCUUAGGAGAAGAAUGGCUAUGAUGAAUACGAGGCCAAUGACGGGGGGACAACAAACGACUAAUGCAGUUAUGGCGGCGGGUGUGUCAAUGAAACCCGGUGCCAGUCCCACGAAUUUACCGUCUCCGCAUCAACCUGGAAUUGGCCUUAAGCCGGGAACGCAACCGCCAACAGCUCGAGUUCUACAGGUCGUUAAGCAAGUUCAAGAAGAGGCUGCGAGACAACAAGCACCAAGCAGCCACGUGGGUUACGGUAAAGUCGCUCCAGGCGGGGGGGUUGGCGUUGGCGUUGGUGUCGGUGUUGGUGUUGGUGUUGGUGUUGGUGUAGGAGUCGGUGGUCAGGUCGGCGGUGUUAUGCCACCCCCUCAGAUGCAAAGAUCGAUGCCCGUUCAAAUGCCAAAUACCAGUGGAACUCACCUCAUUUCUAUGGAUCAAUGGACUCCAAGAUAUCAACCGAAUCCCGUGAUGCAACAAAAUCCAGGGUUAAGACAACAAACACCCCAACAAUUGAUGCAACACCAACAACCGCAGCAGCAACAUCAGGGACAACCUGGUAUAGGAAUGGGUGCUCAGAUGCCUCGCCAACCCGGUGUUAUCGGAGCUCCUCUCGGUCAAGUUGGACCAGUCGGUCCACAGCCACAAUCCGGGCCAAAAGUUGCGUUACAACAGCUUAUGCAGACCCUCAAGAAUCCCAGCACACCUGAGCAGCAACACCAAAUACUUCACAUACUCAAAAGCAAUCCCCAGCUAAUGGCUGCUUUUAUCAAGCAGCGACAGCCACAGCAACAGCAACAACAACAACAACAACAACAACAACAGCAGCAGCAACAGCAGCAGCAGCAACAGUCAGGCAUGCAAUGUUUGAUGUCCCAGCAGCAGCAACAGCAACAACAACAACAGCAGCAGCAGCAACAACAACAACAACACCAACAGCAGCAGCAACAGCAGCAGCAGCAGCAACAACAACAACAGCAGCAGCAACAACAACAGGGGCGAAUGCAACAAAUGCAAGCCAUGCUUAUGCAACAUCAGGCGCAACAGCAACAACAACAACCCGGUCAGGGACCUACUGUGCAGCAUCAACAAUGGUAUAAACAACAAAUGCUCGUGAAUCAGAGACAGCAGCAACAGCAACAACAACAACAACAACAACAACAACAACCUUUCACCCAACCACCGGCGCCGCCUUAUGGUCAACAACGUCCCAUAAGGCCGUCAUUACUCGGUUACAGCGGUUUCAAUGAGCAGGGUUAUGGUCAACCGGGUUUGAAGCCAACACCACCUCCAGUGGCAUCACCUCAAGGUGUAAUGGGUCCGCCUGGUGGGAUAUCAGUCCCACAAGCGGUGCAACAGCAAUUGAUGCAGUCGGUGCGAUCGCCACCGCCGAUCCGUUCGCCGCAACCUAAUCCAUCGCCACGUCCGGUGCCAUCACCGAGAAAUCAGCCGGUCCCGUCGCCGCGAUCGGGUCCUGUACCAUCGCCGCACCAUCACCAACCGCACGGGACGCCAACCCAUUCGCCGGCGCACGAGCUCGCCGGUCCUAGCGAAAUGAUGUUGUCGCAAUUGACGGCGGGUGCAGGAACGACUGCGGGUCAUCCGGCCACGAUGCCUCACCAUCCGUCACCUGUACCACCUCCAACGAGUGGUGGGGGCGCCGAGGCUGGGGAUGUCACGCCGAUGACGCCACAGGAUCAACUCUCGAAAUUCGUCGAGGGAUUGUAGUGACUAUUAACAUUGAAUACGGUCGAGACGUGCGACCGCCCUCUCCUCAAUCUCACAAAAACACGGCCAACGAACAAUUACGCCUGUGAUUAUUAUCGUUAGGCUCCCUUUUUAAAUACGCUCUUUCUUUCGUGACGCUUUCGCGUCUCUCAAUCGCGAUUUUCAUUCCCACCGAAUUCGCUACGCUGUCGAGAGAUUGAAAAGUAACGCGAACAGGGCCUCUAAAGGAACGCUUUGCGCGUGUGUAUGUAAACGUGUGUUUGUUUGUGGGUAUUCAGAGCGUUCGAUGCAAUGAAAUGCACGACGCGCCGAGAAACUCACGUUUGACGAAAAAGUAAGAGAAAUGCGAAGAAGAAAUAUAUGCUAAAGAAAAAACGUCUGAGGCGUGCGCGUUUCUUCAAUCGUUCCUAAAUCUCACCGCCGCCGACCCGCGCCCCUCACCCAUUGUAGAUUUGUACACUAAUUACAUAUAUAUGUAUCUAUCAACGACAGAUCCGAACGAAUUAUAACAUUGUGAAACAUUAACAUAUGUCGAUACAUGUGUAUAUCUAUGUAUGCGUUUAUGUCACUACCUGACUCUAUCCGUCGUUGUUUUGUUUAAGCGCUCCUUCCGAUCGUUGUCAAAUGAAUUGGAGGAAUGUGAAAACGAUAAUUACGGAGAGAAAGCCAAAAAGGAUCAAUCUCUCCGAGCCACCAUGAAUCGUAGCCACGUACGACACGGGGUACGGCGUUUACGUUCUCGGCAGGCGUGCCGGACGACAAGCGAACCCGCUAGUUCUCACCCCGGCACGUUGAUCCGUUCAUAUGUGAGCAAAGAAUAUUAAAUAAUGAAUAGAUUAAUUGAAGAAAAUUAAUGAACCGAUGAUAGGCGAACUUUUAACCGUACGAACGAAAAUGGUAGCGAGACGAAUGGGCUCUCUCGCGUGUUUGGUUUUUGGAGUGUUUUCUUUCGAAAUGUCGCGCUUUUUGAACGAUUUAAAGAAAUCGGGAAUCACGUGAAUUCGGUCCACAAACGCGAGGCUCUUUGAAGAACGAGGAAAGACGUCGGGAAAAUGCGAUAAAAUGACGAUUCGAUUUCGCGAUCCUCCCACAAAUUCGGCCCCUUAUUCCCAAAAUUCGCUCGGUUUGGCGCAUGCGCGCAUGCACUCGCCCAAUUAUCGAGUGAAUCGUACAAAUGUGUUGUGUAUAACUUAUCGUUAAUUAAUAAUUACAAAGAGUGGAUACGCAAAAGUGGUAUGAGCGUGCCUAUGCGUCUGCGUGUAUUUGGGUGUAUGUGUGUGUGUGUGUGUGUGUGUGUGUGCGCGUGUGUGUGUAUAGUCGGAAGAGCGGGAAAGGGAGGUAGAAAAUUCAUCAUCCCUUCCUACCCUGUUCCUCCUGGUCCGUGAAAAAAUGACACGCUCGUCGUGCACUUAACUGUAACACUGUAUAUUCGAAUCAAUUAUAUUAAUAUUAUUAAUAUUAAGAACCGUAGUAAUAAUAACAAUAUUAAAAAUAAUAAUUAUCACCGUGAUGUAUCGAAGACGAUUAAGAGUUGCGUGACGCCGCCGAAGCGGGGGAGGAACAUGGAAGGAAAACAAGUGUUGCAGUCAGGAUUACGUUGAAUAUAUAUUCCAAGUACUCGCUAUUUUAAAAGUUACAGAUUCGCGAAUUUGCUGGAAUUUCAUUAAAGUUUUUGACAAGAAAGAAAGAAUGAAAGAGAGAAAGAGAGGUAGAGGGACAAAUAAAUGAGACGCGAUAAAAAGGAAUUAAAUUUUAUAUAUGCAUAUAUAUAUAUAUAUGCAUAUAUACAUACAUAUAUAUAUAUAUAUAUAUAUAUAUGUAUACGCAUGUGUGUAUGUAUAUAGAGACCGGUGAAUCGAGCAACGUGUUGACGACCGUUUUCGGGAGAUUGUGGAUGUUGUAUUGUUUUUACCCUUUUUUCGCCGAUCUUAAUCUAAUAGAUAUAAACAGUUUUUUUUCCACUUUUUUUGCACCAUCUCACAAGACCCUCCCGAAACAAAACUUUGUAUGUACUGUUUUUCUCUCUUUUUUUCUUCAAAAUUUUUCAUUACGCGUAUGACGAAAAUAAUCGUAUGCGAUGAUGCGAAAAAACACGUUAGAUUAUCGGAGACAAGGAGAAGUGGCGUUGAGGAUUGCUUUUACUGUUGAUUUUUUUUGGGUAAAUCAGCACAAAAAUGAGAUUUGAAAUAACUAAUUAUCACCAAGGAAAAAAAAUGUAAUCGUGGGCCUCCCCUUGUGUACAGACCAAUCAAAAUAAACUUUGUGUAUAUAUAUAUACAUGUAUGUGUACGAACAUUUACAUGUAUAUAUAUUUACAUGUAAAUAUAUAACUAUGUGUAUCGCGAGACUAGAUAUAUUGUAUUUAAAAAAAAAAACAGUUUAACAGAAGCGUGAACUAGAGACGAAUGUGAGAGCAAAAAACGCAGAUUAAAAAUGUUGCGAAACGUUUUUUUUUUUUUUCUAGCGUUUGAAAUGAGCGAUCGUGAUUGUCUGUGGCAGAAAUCAUUUUAUCCCAGCCCCGUUCUCCCCCCAAUGAAGCAAAUGUUCAACCGCUGUGUACAUAUUACACUAUUAUUAUCAUAAUAAUAAUAAUAAGAAUAAUAAUAAUAAUGAUAAUAAUAAUAAGUAAUUAUUAUUAAUUCACCUGCCUAUCAUGAAAUUAUUAAUUAUUAUUAAUAUAAAUCAGAUCAAGAACAUAUAUGAAUAUUGUAAUGCUUCGACCUUCGGCUAAGCGAUAAAUUCUAUGAUCGGAAGUUUGUGGAGGGGGAGUGGGUUGUGAAAAAAAAUUUGAACGCGUUCACAGACCUUUGUAUGAAACAAGUGAUGAAAGGUGAUUUUCUUUUUUCGAUCACUUCCCUGCACUAUAUUUUUUUCUUUCGCGCAUCUAUAAAUUUAAAGUUCAUCUCCAAUGAUUUUGCUAAUGCUCUAUGAGUCACCCAAAUCAUUGUAAUUAUUUCUUCUCAUUUCCUCAUAUUACAAUCAUUAUUAUUAUUAUUAUUAUUAUUAUUAUUCGUAUUAUAUAUUCGGGUUAAAUGAUUGCACGUCCAGCUCCGCCCUCGUCAUUCUCCGUUCCCUCGCGGUGACCCAAUUUUGGAAAAUUCGCAAUAUCAAAUUGAAAAUACAUAAAAGGGAAGAGAGAGAGAAAGGAAAGAAAACGGAGAACCGAGCGCGUCCGUAACCGUUGUUAGAGAGGUUAAAAAAAAAUAUUCGAGCUGUAAUGGAAAAAAAUAUUAUCCUUGAAAAUUCAGUACAACAGAUAGCAGAGUCUUUUUUUGAGCGCGCUUCAUCUAUACAUAGUUUUUUUUAUUAUCUGUAUGAUUUUUUGUUACCUCCGAGCUAACCGUCAAUUAUACAAGCAAAAUUGCUUUUUUAUCGAUUUAUAUACAAUUACUAGAUAAAACCAAGUUACUUUUUUUGUCAUUUCUCUCGCAUUGGGAUAUUACACUAAUUUUAUAUUUGCGAAACGCUUGGCCACGCUUCCAAUCGUUGGCAGAAGGAAGGCGACUGUUGCGAAUUUGACAUCCGUGAACGGUUCUCAUUACGUCUUAACGAUUUCGAGAGGGGCAAAGGACAAAGUUUAUCAUAUUUGAGAAAAAAAUACUACAAACCCAAAAGUAUUUGGCUUAGUAUGGCUGUGUAUAGGACAGUGUUGUUAAUCCGAAGGAAGGAAAGAGUAAAGCAGAGAAAACAUUACGUACGGAUGGUGUUCGAAUAUUGCGCGUACCAACGUUGUUUUUUCAAUGAAGCAAAAGGACCCCUGGCUAGAAUUGUUGCGUCAGGUUAAUUGGUAUCUUCCGUUUUUUUUUUAAUUUUUUUUUUUUUUUCAUAUAUAUAUAUUCAAGGAUGUAAUUCAAACGGUGAUCGAAAUCGUCACUGAUCAAGCUCCUAAAAAUUUCGGCGUUGUAACUUUUUUACCCUAUUGCCUAUUGGGGGUUCAUUUCCGGUACCAAGUCUAUAAUUUUCUGGUGCGUCGUUGGCUGGAAAUUGAAUUGCGCACGUUGGUACGCGAAGUAUUCGUGGCAAUUUGCUAUUGUAUUACGAAGAGAGCAACGAUAAAACGCUAUAUAUAUGAAAUAUAUAUUAUAUUAUUUGUUUUCAUCCAAUUCCACUCCUCAUUACGUUUGUUAUUAUUAUUAUUAUUAUUAUUAUUAUUAUUAUUAUUAUUAUACAAGAAACAAGCAGCACCCGUCUAACAAUCAAGUACACCGGUAGAGACACGCAAUGACAGACACACACACACACACGCGCGCGAAGACAACUCGAAUUUAGACGCAAAUGGGAUGUUGCGCUUGUAAAUAAUACAUAUACAGGUUAUUAUGAACUCACUGUAAAUUUAUUAAUGUUCGAAUUACAACGUAAAAAUGACAGUCGAGUCGAAAAGUGAAGUGAAACACGAGUAAAAGGAUGCUAGCUGUGACUCAUUUGUUGAAUAAUUGAAAGAAAAAAAGAAAAAAAAAACAAUUGAAAAACACGUGAGAAUGUGUAGCGAUAACGACUUUUUAUUAUGAAAAUCUUUCGUAAAUAUAGCUAUUUAAAUUAAUCUUAUUGAAGAAAAUCGUGGAUGAGGAGAAAAUGAAAAAAAAAGAAAAAAAAACAAACAAAAAAUGGUCUUUGUGUAUUCAUAUUUUCGGAAAUAAUCGAACGUUCCACAACGUUCAAGUUUUUCUGGUCCUCUGCGUCGCGAUCUUCGACGUAUCAUGAAUUUCUUGAUCGCAUUAAUUAUUUACCAACAGUGCUGCCAAAAAGACCCGAACUUUCUCAUUCCCUUCCCAUUGUUUAUUCACUUAAUAACCAUCUUAAUGAAUUUGCAUUUUUUAUUCUUAUCGCACGAAGCUCGGGAGUGGCGCUGCGCUCAAAGCAACCACCGAUCCGUUGUCCGACUUCCGUUCCUACAAUGGCAUCAUCUGCGCAUAUGUCUAUCGUACAUAAUAUGCACUACCGGCGGAAAGCUUCCGGACAAAAGUCAGAAGACAGCUCGAAGCUAUAAUAUACAUUCGACGCUAGUUCACUGGAAUUUUCCAACAUAAACUCAUACGUAUUACGAACGGCAGUGCUAAAUUAUAUUUUUUUAAAUCAUGUACAUCAUUCCCGGUGUGGAGUCGUGGCAUUGGAUGUACCCAAUACGGUUACCAGAUACUAUGUGUUUCCGAAUUUAUUCGGAAACUUUACGUUCCUGGGUACAAAAUAUACGCGCGCGUGUUAACACGGUCCUUGACAUCGUAGUACAUUCCUCCCUCGCUUUUAUGCAUCAUUAUUCGUUUUAAUCAUGUAUUUAGGAUAAUACAUCAUUCGAACCGUUUUUUUUUUAAUCCAAUAUUUUUGUUAUCGUCCGUGCUACAUUAUUCGAUCGAUAUUCAUCGACACGGGCACAGAGAUUCUUGCGAAACAAUAAUACAAUAGUAUCGAUAUAUUCACUCAUAUAUACGUGGUACAAAAUUGAAAAUAGCUAUAUAUUUUAUGAAGACGAUACAUAGUUUUUUACGUAUUCCUCCUGGAGAUUUAGGGCUUAUCUCGUACUAUAUACAGCGAAUUGCCAUGGGGAUAAGAGGCGUCCUGCGAAAUAUCUGAUCGGACGGGGGAACGUUCGAAUUCGAUUUCAUUGAAAGCAAAACAAACAAACAUUGUCCGCAUCCAUGAAUAAAAAGUACGGCUGGCUAAAAUUACCAAUCCCGUAAUACGAUCGCAAACGAUUUCACGCAGCUUCACUACAUUCUUUUCAACACCCGCGGUUAUUACAGUUUUAUUCGCUAAUUCAUCUGCAAAUGUUUGUUGUGGAUUUUUUUUUCAUUUUUUUCGGUUACGUUGAGUUCAGAACGAUUAAAACGUGUGCGGAUAUAACGAGAACAGGAGAAGUUCAGAGUCCGCGCGGGGUCAAGGGCUUUGUAAAUAGUUUGUGGUGAUGAAAAAAAAAAAUAUGUAUGAAGAGAAUAGUAAAAAAGCUAUAGCCCGACUUCCUGGGCUGCUCUGGCGUGAAGCGCUCAAUGUACAGACGUAUCUUUUUUUAUGUAUAUGUAUAUAUAAAAUAUAUAAUAAUAUAUAUGGAGAAGUAAAUACGGACUUUUCGAGACGGUGCAACGACGCGAACGUUAUACGGUUGUUGUAUGCCAUAAACACUAAACCGUCCCACUGGUCAAAACGGAUGAGUGGAGAAACAACACAACACAUACGUUGUGGUUUCGAAGAUCGCGCGGGUUCCCUCUCAUUCUUGCAAUCCGUUUUCAUUAUUAUUCGAUUCGUUUUUUCAUUUUAGAACAUUUAAAAAACAUGUUUUUCGAUACGAUCUUCGCGAAGCUGUUACGAUUAUUUUUUAGAUAAAAACGUUGAGGUAAAUAACGACGAUCGAAGCAUAUUUCAUCGUAAGCUACCAUCACCAGCAUUCAAUUAUUCUCCUCCCUAGUUUUUCUUUUCUCUUAUUUUAUCGAACGCAAUCUACCGCGUGGCGUGCAAAUACGAGAUUACCGAAAUCGGUAUAAUCUUCAUUAUCCAACUGUUUUUUAAAAACUGACUCAAAACGACGAAAAUAACGUUUGUACCGUUGUUCGGUAUAAAAUACGCGCGGGAAUAACCACUGUACGAAAAAAGAAGUUGGAAAGUAUAUAUAACCUAAAUUCUUUAUGUUAUAAUCAAUCGUUCUACGUUAUUAGUCUAAAUUAAUAAACCUAUAUAUGUAUCUUUAUAUGAAACAAGAAAAAAUACAGAAUGAUAUAUUAUAAAUAUGUAAUAUGUAGAAAAAUAUGCAUAUAUAUAUAUAUAUGCAUAUCAAUGAUAUAAAUUAUGCAAAAAUGGAUAUUGAAAAAAAAAUAUUCACACAACAACUGUGUACGAGUCGCAAGUGAAUGAGCUAAUCGAUUCAGCCGAGGAAAAUGACGCCGAUUUUUCGAUCGACGAAAGAUUAUCUGUAAUAUUAAAAGAAAAAAAUAACGAAAGAACGCUAUUGCGGGAGAUAAAUAUAAGAGGAAGAUCACCCAUCAUUAUUAUUAUAAAUUGUGAACGAUAUAUAGAUGUAAUUUAUAAUUAAUGAUCGAUUAUUAUAAUUGUACAAUUUACAAGAAUUAAUUAUUGGAUAUAGCUAAUGUCUCCUCGUAGUAUUAUUGCCACGGCAUUUAUUGAUUUUAUACAAUAAACUAUGCAAACUUUA